AUGGUCAACUCCUGUUGUGGCUCCAGCUGCUGCCAGCCUUGUUGCUGCCCCACCUGCUGCAGGACCACCUGCUGCAGGACCACCUGCUGCCGCCCCACCUGCUGUGUGUCCAGCUGCUGCCACCCCUGCUGCGGGGGAUCCAGCUGCUGUGGCUCCAGCUGCUGCCAGCCUUGCUGCCGCCCCACCUGCUGCCAGACCACCUGCUGCAGGACCACUUGCUGCCGCCCCAGCUGCUGUGGUUCCAGCUGCUGUGGUUCCAGCUGCUGCAGGCCCAGCUGCUGCAUCUGUAGCUGCUGCCGGCCUUGCUGUGGGGGUUCCAGCUGCUGUGGCUCCAGCUGCUGCCAGCCUUGCUGCUAUUCCACCUGCUGCAGGACCACCUGCUGCAGGACCACCUGCUGCCGGCCCACCUGCUGUGUGUCCAGCUGCUGCCGCCCCUGCUGUGGGGGUUCCAGCUGCUGUGGCUCUAAUUGCUGUGGCUCCAGCUGCUGCCAGCCCUGCUGCCGCCCCACCUGCUGCCAGACCACCUGCUGCAGGACCACCUGCUGCCGCCCCACCUGCUGUGUGUCCAGCUGCUGCCGCCCCAGCUGCUGCAUCUCUAGCUGCUGCCGGCCCUGCUGUGGGGGUUCCAGCUGCUGUGGCUCCAGCUGCUGCCAGCCCUGCUGCCGCCCCACCUGCUGCCAAACAACCUGCUGCCGGACCACCUGCUGCCGCCCCACCUGCUGUGUGUCCAGCUGCUGCCGCCCCUGCUGUAGGGGCUCCAGCUGCUGUGGCUCUAAUUGCUGUGGCUCCAGCUGCUGCCAGCCUUGCUGCCGCCCCACCUGCUGCCAGACCACCUGCUGCAGGACCACCUGCUGCCGCCCCAGCUGCUGUGUGUCCAGCUGCUGCCGCCCCAGCUGUUGCUAGACCCCCUGCCACCACCCAACCUGC